AUGGCAAACCCCUACGCUUCCUAUUUUUGGCCGGUUGUUAAGUACCGGCUAUUUUUGGACUUUAUACCCCCAGACUUUGGUCGCAGUCCACCUAAUGAAAGUGUCAAUGGUCCAAGAGCUAGUUGUCAGAGUGUGAGUCGUCCGGGGCGAGUUGUCUGGAGGUUUGUUAUUCGGAGGCAAGUUGUAGGGAACGAGUUGUCGAUGCCUGGGGCGAGUUACGGGGGAGCGAGUUGUCCAUACCCCAAAAAAUGCUCAGAAUGCAACGAGUUCGUGCACAUCAAAUACAACAACAAGCACGACAUAAUAAAAUUGAGCGAAUCCGCUCCUGUGAUUCUUGAACGAGCUGCAUUCCACUAUGAUCCAGCAAUUGAUUACUGUUCCUACAAAUUGCAUGUAAAAACACUCCAAUUAACAACCAACAUGCGAGUAUUUUUGCAACAAGUUGAAACUGCAAAUGUGUUUGCGAGACAGUUGUUAGACAUUGAAAAUAAUAAAAUUGCAGUGGACACCUCGACCGGAUUCAUCACAUUUUUUAGGGAAAAUUCUGAUAAGAGGUAUUCUCUGCAAGAUGUUUUAACCAUGAUUGAAGAUGAUGACAGCAUCAUUAAAGCUGACAUUUUUAUCAGUCCUCCUGCUGAUAGAAUAAAUUCAGAUGAAGAUGAUGUAUUGGAUGAAAUACAUGAUCAAGGAUCAUUCGACAAUUACUGA